AGACAGCUUCUGGUUUGAGUAACUGAGCGAGCUGAAAAAAAGAAGCUUUAAAGAGAAGCAAAAGCUUUUUCUUCUCAAAUCUCGCACUCUUGUCAAGUCUUCUAGGUUGAUCUCUUCUUCAAUCACUCUCUUUUAUUAAAACUUCGCUAUUUCUUACCACUCAACCGCCUGUGAAGCCCUCAACUUCGUUUCUUAUGUAAAACAGAGCCCUAGCAAUCAUGUUCACUGAAGGUCUUGAUAACAAUGCCGUUCGCUGGAAGCAGGUACCAUUAUCUAAUUCAAAUCUAAGACCGCCUAUGACUAACCUCCGUAACGGUCGGGGAUUUGACUUACCCCCGACGUCGAAAUUCAGAAGCGGUCACUUGCCGGCGACGGCUAUCCCGGUAUCUAGAACAUUACCGAGGAAUGCCGGGGAUAGUGCCUCCGCAUCUGAAAAUGACAUGACCACUGAUUCAGAGGAUGACGUGUACGGUGGAAGAUACUCGCUGGAUUCAUCACCGCAAGACCCACGAAUCCCACAUAGAAAUGGAAAUUCUGUGCAAAGGCAUGUACGUUACACUAGUGAUUAUGGGUAUUCAGAUGUGAGUUCGUCCAGGGAGACGAUUUUUGGAAGGGAAAGAAGCUUGGGGGAGAGGUUGGUGAGGGGAAAUGGAAGGACUGUUUAUACAGAGGAAGACGAGGAGGAGGAAUCGGAUUCAGCUGGUAGCUCAGAGUUUUCGACUACUCAGGCGGGGAGUGUUAGUGGUGUUGGUGGGAUGAGGAGGAGAGCGUACGGUUCGGAGGGGUAUACCUCAAGUGUGGCUUCACAUGCCAAUGUAAGAAGCGCCGCUGAAAAGGAUCUGCGUUCAAGAAACAUACAUGAUGAAAAGUUCACUGAUGAUGAUGAUGAUGAUGAUAUUCCUAGUGCACCUCCAUUUUCUGGUUCUGCUCAGGAAAUUAAACAGUUUGCAGAACAAGUUCCAGCAUCAAGAGUACAGUCUGCCAUGGCCACGGAAAAUACUCAUGGUUCAUCGACUAAAAAUGAUUCAAAUGCAUUUAAACCCACGUCUGGGGUUAGGCCAGAUGAUAUUACUGGAAACAGGAAUUCUGGUCAGUUUGCAAGAACUGCAGUUGGUGCUGAAUCAGCUGUGCCUUCCGGUUCAUACCCAUCUCGUCUUCCUACAUUUCAUGCCAGUGCUCUAGGGCCAUGGCAUGCUGUAAUUGCAUAUGAUGCUUGUGUUCGACUUUGCCUUCAUGCUUGGGCUAGGGGUUGUAUGGAAGCACCCAUGUUUUUGGAUAAUGAGUGUGCUCUACUACGUGAUGCAUUUGGGUUGCAGCAAAUGCUACUGCAGUCUGAAGAGGAACUAUUGGUGAAACGCACUUCAGAACCUGUCAGUGAAGGGGCUGCACCUAAACCUAAGAAGGUUAUUGGGAAGAUGAAGGUUCAAGUGCGUAAAGUGAAGACAAGCCUAGAUCCACCUACUGGAUGUAGUAUGACAUCUUUAAGGCCACCGGUGAUAAAACUGGAAUCAAUCCGAUAUCGGUUCUCCAGUUUGCAGUCAUCUUUCUCUUCUGGCUGGCAAGCUCUUCGAAAAAUCCGUUUUGUACGUCAUUCACCUGCAAAUCGUUCAUUUUCUCGUCAGAGCUUGGCAUAUGUGCAUGCCAGUACUCAGUAUAUAAAACAGGUGUCUGGACUCCUAAAAACUGGUGUGACAAGUCUACGCAAUAGCUCAUCAUCGUAUGACAUUGCACAAGAAACAUACUCUUGCACAUUAAGGUUGAAAAGUUCAAUUGAAGAAGAUGCCAUCCGAAUGCAGCCUGGAUCUGGUGAAACACAUGUCUUCUUUCCAGAUUGUCUUGGAGAUGAUCUAAUUGUUGAAGUCCAGGACUCCAAAGGGAAGCAUUAUGGCCGUGUUGUAGCCCAAGUAGCAACUAUUGCUGAGGAUCCGACUGACAAACUGCGCUGGUGGUCAAUUUAUCGUGAACCAGAACAUGAGCUUGUGGGAAAACUACAGCUCUAUAUCUAUUAUUCAACAAGUUCAGAUGAUAAUAGUCAGCUCAAGUGUGGCUCUGUCGCAGAAACAGUUGCAUAUGACCUGGUUUUGGAAGUUGCUAUGAAAGUUCAACAAUUUCAGCAAAGGAAUUUAUUACUGUAUGGUUCAUGGAAAUGGCUCUUAACGGAGUUUGCCUCAUACUAUGGGGUUUCUGAUAUCUACACCAAGCUAAGGUAUCUUUCCUAUAUAAUGGAUAUUGCUACACCUACAGCCGAUUGCCUGACAUUGGUCUAUGACUUAUUAGAGCCUGUGGUUAUGAAGGGCCACAGCAAGAGCACAUUGAGUCAUCAAGAGAACCGUAUCCUGGGAGAAACCAAGGAUCAGAUUGAACAGAUUCUUGCUCUGACUUUUGAGAACUACAAAUCACUUGACGAGUCAGCCUUCUCAGGUAUUAUUGAUGUUUUCAAACCUGCAACUGGGGCUGCAGCACCUGCCCUGGAACCUGCUGUGAAACUUUAUACUCUCCUUCAUGAUAUACUGUCUCCAGAGGCACAGAAUAACCUGUGCCACUAUUUCCAGGCAGCUGCAAAAAAGAGAUCAAGAAGGCAUUUGGCUGAAACAGAUGAAUUUGUUUCCAGCAAUAGUGAAAUGAAUUUCACUGAUACUGUUGCUAUGGCUACUGCUUAUCAAAAGAUGACUUCAGUUUGUGUGAACAUUAAAAAUGAGAUUUUUACUGACAUAGAGAUCCACAAUAAACAUAUACUUCCCAGUUUCAUAGACCUCCCAAACCUGUCGUCGUCCAUAUAUAGCACAGAGCUUUGCAGUAGAUUGCGUUCUUUCCUUCUUGCAUGCCCCCCAUCUGGCCCUUCACCUCAUGUAGCUGAACUUAUUAUUGCAAGUUCAGAUUUUCAGAGAGAUCUUGCCUGCUGGAACAUUAGUCCUGUGAAAGGUGGACUUGAUGCAAAAGAAUUGUUCCACCUGUAUAUCUUGCUAUGGAUUCAAGAUAAGCGCCUCUCUUUGCUCGAGUCAUGUAAAUUAGAUAAGGUUAAAUGGUCAGGAGUUAGGACAAAGCAUUCUACAACUCCUUUUGUUGAUGAUAUGUAUGACCGCUUGAGAGAGACCUUGAAUGACUACGAAGUCAUCAUUUGCCGCUGGCCAGAAUAUGUUUUCGUGCUUGAGAAUGCUAUCGCUGAUGUAGAAAAGGCAAUAGUAGAAGCUUUGGACAAGCAAUAUGCAGAUGUUGUUGCACCAUUGAAGGAAAAUUUGGCUCCCAAAAAAUUUGGCCUGAAGUAUGUCCAGAAACUUACCAAACGGUCUGUAUGUGCCUACACGGUCCCUGAUGAGCUGGCAAUUUUGUUGAACUCCAUGAAAAGGAUGCUUGAUGUUUUGCGUCCCAAGAUAGAAACUCAGUUCAAAUCAUGGGGUUCUUGCAUCCCUGAUGGUGGAAACACAGCUCCUGGGGAGCGUCUUAGUGAAGUAACAGUGAUGUUAAGAACAAAGUUUAGGACUUACUUGCAAGCUGUCGAUGAGAAACUUGCAGAGAAUACCAAGUUACAAAGUGCAACAAAAUUGAAAAAGAUUCUCCAAGAUUCUAAGGAAACGGUGGGAGAGUCUGAUAUACGAGGUAGAAUGCAGCCACUGAAAGACCAGCUAACAAAUACAAUAAAUCACCUUCACACUGUCUUUGAGACUCGUGUGUUUGUUGCAAUCUGCCGGGGCUACUGGGACCGAAUUGGACAGGAUGUUCUAAGUUUCUUGGAGAACAGGAAAGAGAAUAGGUCAUGGUAUAAAGGUUCACAAAUUGCAGUGUCUAUUCUGGAUGAUACAUUUGCCUCACAGAUGCAGCAGCUACUUGGAAACGCAUUACUAGAGAAAGACCUGGAUCCCCCUAGAUCUAUCACGGAAGUGCGAUCAAUGCUUUGCAGGGAUAUUCCCAAUCAUAAGGGUAACACAUACUACUAUUAGGAGUCUUUCUGUGGAGGCAUCUAUUACUAAAAACUUUUUGCUUGGAAAAUGUGGAGAUACAAGGUGCUGCGAGAUGAUAUGAUCUCCUUGGCCUGCUGAAAAAUAGAUGAAGUUCUUCACAAGUUUCAGUCAAUUUUGUUAAGAGAGCAAACGACUCAGCUGCUCUCCGUCAGUUUUACUUGCAUAUAUUCAAACGUAUAGGGCACCAGGAAGUUGAACAUUUUUGUAAUAUACAUAUAUAAAAUAUAAAUAUGAUAAGGAUAGC